UGUUGAGUAGCUUAAGGCGGCAACUUCAUCCCACGUUUGGCUUGACAAGGUGCCAGGCUUUGUUGGAGACGUUUAGCUUGGGAAUAAACAAUUUCCAUUUCCCAUUUACCUUUAGGCACAAAGGUUCCCCUCUUGUACAUUGUAAAACAUUCCAACUCGGGUCAAUUGCUUCAAGCUCCGUUGUGUCGAUACCCUCCCUCCCUAGAUUUCUUUCCACUACUGGAACCCCCUCGUGAAGGCCCAGAAAAAUAAUACUACAUCGCACACACCUCCCCGACACCUAAGCGAGACAGGAGAUACGUGACAGACUCCUCGCACAUUCUUUUUCCGAGUCCCUGCUCUUGACUGAGUAACUGGGACUGCACCCUAAGUUCCAACAGAUACCCACCGACACUCAGAGCUACACCGGCAGACUGUGACAAACCUCAACAUGUACGGCACUGGCACUGGCCCUCAAACGGGCGUUUCCACGCCGCGGUCGUCGGCUUCACUCCGUCCACUGAACCUCACACAUGGCUCCCUCGAGACGUCUUUCCUAAUACCCACAAAUCUGCACUUCCACGCCUCUCAGCUCAAAGACCGUUUCAGUGCAAGUUUGCCCGCUCCCACGGACGAGCUGGCACAAGAUGACGAGCCUUCGUCGGUCCCUGAGCUCGUCGCGAGGUACAUGGGAUUCGUCGCCCGUGAAGUUGAGGAGGAGGGUGACGAUGCCCAAGGCUCCUACGAGGAGGUCCUGAAGCUUCUCCUGAACGAGUUUGAGCGUGUCUUCCUUAGAGGCAACGAGGUUCACGCUCUGGCAGCCACUCUGCCUGGCAUUGACGCCAAAAAGCUGGAAGUCAUUCGUAGCUAUUUUGCCACCAGAUAUGUCUUGAACCGCGCCAUCAAGCCCCAUGCGUCUGCCCUCUUCAGGGCGUCGGCUGAGGAAAAGGCAAAGAUCUACACCAUAUUUGGAGGACAAGGAAACAUUGAGGAGUACUUUGAAGAGCUCCGUGAGCUCCACACAACCUACCGCGUUUUUAUCGAGGAGCUCAUCACCACCUCGGCUGAGCUGCUUCAAAACCUGUCCAAGGAUCCAUCGGCUGAGAAGCUAUAUUCCAAAGGCCUUGAUGUCAUGUCAUGGCUUCACAGGCCCGAGGCUACACCGGACAUUGAUUACUUAGUGUCCGCGCCCGUUAGCUUUCCUCUGAUUGGUCUGGUUCAGCUUGCUCACUACGAGGUGACCUGCAAAGUGCUGGGUGUUCCCCCAAGUGCUCUGCGCGAGAGAUUCAGUGGUGCAACGGGUCAUUCCCAAGGCAUUGUUCUUGCAGCCGCCACAGCCGCUGCCGAUACCUGGAAAGAGUGGCCCACCAUUGUCAAGAAGACCUUGACGAUUCUGUUCUGGAUUGGUGCUCGCAGCCAGCAAACUUUCCCCCGCACUUCAAUCACGCCGUCGGUUCUUCAAGACUCCGUAGACAAUGGAGAGGGAACACCCACUCCUAUGCUUAGCAUCAGGGAUCUUCCCCAAGCCGAAGUACAGAAGCACAUUGACAAGACCAACGAGUACCUCCCCGCCGACCGCCACAUCUCCAUCUCUCUCAUCAACAGCCCCCGCAACAUGGUUGUCACCGGCCCUCCCAUCUCCCUCUAUGGUCUUAACCUCCAGCUCAGAAAGGUCAAGGCUCCUACCGGUCUUGAUCAGAACAGGAUACCUUACACUCAGCGAAAGGUUCGCUUUGUCAACAGGUUCUUGCCCAUCACUGCGCCAUUCCACAGCAAGUACUUGGCCGAAGCUACCUCUAUGAUUGAUAACGACCUGCAGUACACUCAUUUUGAGGUGAAGGACCUCAAGAUUCCCGUCUUUGACACCCACACUGGCAAAGACAUUCGAGAGGAGGUUAAGGGCAACAUCGUUCCCACGCUGAUCCGGCUAAUCACUCGGGACCCAGUCCAUUGGGAAAAGGCAACCGUCUUUCCCGGCGCAACCCAUGUUCUUGAUUUUGGUCCAGGUGGAAUCUCCGGGUUGGGAAUUCUCACCAGCCGUAACAAGGAUGGUACUGGAGUACGCGUCAUCCUCGCUGGCUCUGUCGCUGGAACUGUGACAGAGGUGGGUUACAAGCCGGAGCUUUUUGACAGGGAUGAGGAGCACGCAGUCAAGUACGCCAUCGAUUGGGUCAAGGAGUAUGGUCCCAAGUUGAUCAAGACUGCCACCGGCCGCACCUACGUUGAUACCAAAAUGAGCAGGCUGCUUGGACUCCCCCCCGUCAUGGUAGCAGGUAUGACCCCGUGCACUGUCCAAUGGGACUUUGUUGCGGCGACCAUGAACGCUGGUUAUCAUAUUGAGCUGGCUGGAGGUGGCUACUUCGAGCCUAAGAUGAUGACCGAUGCCCUCCUCAAGAUUGAGAAGGCAAUCCCUGCUGGCCGUGGUAUCAGCGUGAACCUCAUCUAUGUCAACCCCCGCGCAAUGGCCUGGCAGAUACCGUUGAUUGGCCGUCUUAGAUCUCAGGGCGUUCCUAUUGAGGGUCUCACUAUCGGUGCUGGUGUGCCCUCUAUCGAGGUUGCCAACGAGUACAUUCAAACUCUGGGUCUCAAGCACAUAUCUUUCAAGCCGGGAUCAACAGAUGCUAUUCAGGCUGUCAUCAACAUCGCCAAUGCCAACCCCACUUUCCCAGUCAUGCUGCAGUGGACUGGAGGUCGUGGCGGUGGACAUCACUCCUUUGAGGACUUCCACCAGCCAGUUCUGCUCAUGUACAACAGGAUUCGCAAAUGUGACAACUUGAUCCUGAUUGCAGGCAGUGGCUUCGGUGGCGCCGAGGACACUUACCCUUACAUCACUGGAGAGUGGUCCAGAAAGUUCGGGUACCCGCCCAUGCCUUUCGAUGGUUGUCUAUUCGGAAGUCGAGUCAUGGUUGCCAAGGAGGCGCACACCGCACCGGCAGCGAAGCAAGCCAUUGUCGAUGCACCUGGCGUUGGUGAUGAUGAAUGGGAGAAGACCUACAAUGGCGUCGCAGGCGGCAUCACUACCGUUCUGUCGGAAAUGGGAGAGCCCAUCCACAAGAUUGCUACACGUGGUGUCAAGUUCUGGGCAGAGAUGGAUCAGAAGAUCUUCAGCCUGCCCAAAGAAAAGCGCGUCCCGGAGCUCAAGAAAAUGCGCAGCUACAUUAUCGAGAAGCUGAACAAGGACUUCCACAAGGUUUGGUUCGGCAAGAACAAGGCAGGAGAGGCCGUCGACCUCGAGGAUAUGACAUACGCCGAGGUUGUCCGUCGCAUGGUUGAGCUCAUGUACGUCAAGCAUGAGUCUCGCUGGAUUGACCCCAGUUUUAUGCGUUUGACUGGUGACUUCAUUCACCGAGUCGAGGAGCGCUUUGUUCAAAGCUCUGGGCAGCCAUCUCUCCUACAGCACUACGCAGAUCUUACACACCCCUUUGAGACUGUCGAAAAGAUCCUGGCGCACUAUCCUCAGGCCGAGGAUCAGCUAAUCAACGCUCAGGAUGUCCAGCACUUCCUUCAACUUUGCUUGAGGCCAAUCCAGAAGCCUGUCGUUUUCGUACCAACUCUUGACAGCAAUUUUGACUUCUACUUCAAGAAGGACUCGCUGUGGCAGUCGGAAGACCUUCAGGCCGUCAUGGACCAGGACGUCCAGCGCACCUGUAUCUUGCAGGGCCCGAUGGCCGUUCGCUACUCUACUGUGGUUGACGAGCCUAUCCAGAGCAUCCUAGACGGCGUGCAUGAAGGUCACAUUGCCGGUCUCAGCAAGGAUCUGUACCAAGGAAAGACAUCAAAUCUCCCUUCGAUUGAGUACUUUGGAGGAAAGCUCAUGGAGCGUGAAUUCCCUGAUGUUGAUUCGAUUGAUGGGUUGAGCGUUUCUGAGGAAAGAGGUGUUAGAGACAUUUUCCGCAUCUCGCUGUCCCCGUCUCAGACCAUGCCUAGCACAGAUCAUUGGUUGUCGCUCAUUGCCGGACCGACCCGCUCAUGGCGCCACGCCUUGUUGAUGUCGGAGGUGAUUGUCCAAGGUACCAAAUUUCAGAGUAACCCGAUGAGGCGCAUUUUUGCUCCUUGCCGUGGUCUGUUUGUCGAAGUUCGCUACCCCAAGGACCCGGCAUCGACUCAAAUCAUUGUUAGGGAGCAACCCAGACACAACCACUACGUCGAUGUGCUGGUUGCUCGCCUUUCAAGCAACAAUGAGAUCAUCGUGGAGCUGAUCAAAGACACCACCGCAUUGGGCAAGCCAGUUUCUUUGCCUCUCAAGUUCAUCUACAAGCCUGAGGCUGGCUAUGCUCCUUUGCACGAGGUUAUGGAUGACCGCAAUGACCGCAUCAAGGAGUUCUACUGGCGAGCUUGGUUUGGCGAUGAGAAACUUGAACUGGAUGCCAACGUCGACAGUGCCUUUGACGGUGGUAAAAAUGUCGUGACAAGCGAAGCCAUCAACGACUUUGUCCACGCGGUUGGCAACACGGGUGAGGCCUUUGUUGACCGACCUGGAAAGGUCAUGUAUGCGCCCAUGGACUUUGCCAUCGUUGUCGGCUGGAAAGCAAUCACCAAGCCCAUCUUCCCUCGUAAGAUCGAUGGUGAUCUCCUCAACCUCGUUCACCUCUCCAACCAGUUCCGGAUGAAACCAGGUGCUGAGCCUCUGAAGAAGGGAGAUGAGGUUUCCACAGUUUCUCGAGUCAACGCUGUUGUCAUUCAGGAAUCUGGAAAGAUGGUCGAGGUCUGCGGUACUAUCAGCCGCGAUGGCGAACCAGUCAUGGAGGUCACAUCCCAGUUCUUGUACCGAGGAACCUACACCGACUUCGAGAACACAUUCCAGAGCAAGAUCGAGACACCAAUGCAGAUCCACCUCGCGACGUCUAAGGACGUUGCAGUUCUGCGUUCGAAGGAAUGGUUCACCCUCGAAGACAGCGUCAAUAUGGACUUGUUGGGGCAGACACUCAUCUUCCGUCUCCAGUCUCUUGUCCGUUUCAAGAACACCACAGUGUUCAGCAGUGUGCAGACUCGCGGUGAGGUGCUUGUAGAGCUGCCCACAAAGGAGAUCGUCCAAGUUGGCAGCGUCGAGUAUGAAGCUGGCACAUCUCACGGAAACCCUGUGAUUGAUUUCUUGCAGCGAAACGGCUCUUCUAUUGAGCAACCCAUCAACUUUGAGAACCCAAUUCCGCUGAGUGGCAAGACUCCCCUCCAGCUUCGCGCCCCCGCCUCGAACGAGACAUAUGCCAGAGUUUCCGGCGACUACAACCCCAUUCACGUUUCUCGUGUUUUCGCCAACUAUGCCGAUCUUCCUGGUACCAUCACCCACGGCAUGUACUCUAGUGCCGCGGUGCGUAGCCUGGUUGAGACCUGGGCAGCUGAAAAUGACAACAGCAGGGUCAGGAGCUUCCACGCAUCCUUGGUCGGCAUGGUGCUGCCCAACGAUGACUUGCUGGUCAAAUUACAGCAUGUUGGUAUGGUUGCUGGACGUAAGAUCGUCAAGGUUGAGGUCAUCAACAAGGAGACUGAGGACAAGGUGCUUCUUGGAGAGGCUGAGGUUGAGCAGCCCGUGACCGCGUACGUCUUUACUGGACAAGGUUCGCAAGAGCAAGGUAUGGGUAUGGAGCUGUACGAGAGCAGCCCGGUUGCCAAGGAGGUUUGGGACCGCGCAGACAAGUACUUGAUGGACACAUACGGAUUUGCGAUCACAAACAUCGUCAAGAACAACCCCAAGGAGCUUACCAUUCACUUUGGAGGUCCUCGUGGCAAGGCCAUUCGCGCCAACUACAUGGCCAUGACUUUCGAGACUGUUGCUGCAGACGGAACCAUCAAGUCUGAGCGCAUCUUCAAGGAUAUCAACGAAAGGACAACAUCCUACACUUACCGGUCUCCUACAGGCCUGCUCUCAGCUACACAGUUCACUCAGCCUGCCCUAACACUGAUGGAGAAGGCUAGCUUCGAAGAUAUGAAGGCUAAGGGACUUGUCCCUCGCGACAGUACUUUUGCCGGUCACUCUUUGGGUGAAUACUCGGCUCUUGCUGCCUUGGCUGAUGUCAUGCCCAUCGAGAGUUUGGUCUCUGUCGUUUUUUACCGUGGUCUGACGAUGCAGGUUGCUGUGGAGCGUGACGCCAGUGGAAGGUCCAACUACUCGAUGUGCGCCGUCAAUCCGAGCCGCAUCUCGAAGACCUUCAACGAGGAAGCUCUCCGCUUCGUCGUCGGCAACAUCGCCGAGGGAACGGGUUGGCUACUCGAGAUCGUCAACUACAACAUCGCAAACAUGCAAUACGUUUGCGCCGGAGAUCUUCGGGCUCUUGAUACGCUCACCAACGUGCUCAACUACCUCAAGGCACAGAAGAUCGACAUUGAGGCCAUGAAGGCUGCCAUGACAGUCGAGGAUGUCAAACAGCACCUACAGGAGAUCAUCAAGGCGUCGGCUGAGAAGACGGAGGCCAAGCCCAAGCCCCUGGAGCUCGAGAGGGGCUUCGCAACCAUUCCUCUGCGUGGAAUUGACGUGCCUUUCCAUUCGACCUUUUUGCGCAGUGGUGUAAAGCCGUUCAGGUCAUUCCUGCUUAAGAAGAUCAACAAGACAACCAUUGAUCCCUCAAAACUGCUCGGAAAGUACAUUCCCAAUGUGACUGCGAAGCCUUUCGCACUCACCAAGGAGUACUUUGAGGAUGUCUAUAGGUUGACCAACUCGCCUCGCAUUGCUUCAAUCCUGGCCAACUGGGAGCAGUACCAGAACGAGAAUGCGGUCCCGUCCACCAUUGGCCUCGGCGCAAACGGUGCGGGAGAGGCUGACGGCGAGACAGCCGCAAACGGUGGGGAAGAAGCCAACGGCGCGAACGGAGUCCACUAGAAGACCGAAAUGGUGUCGUGACCGGGGCACGAGUUUUGUGGGAUGGCACAAUAUUCAAGAAGUUAUGAUACUUGUGUUAUUUUGGGCUGGGUAAGCUGGAAACCCGCAGUAAUUACACGAAGAUACUCUGUGGUGGCUUGUCAGCAUCUAUGUGGUUUUAUGCUUGUUUUUUUUUUACCUUUAAUGUUUUUACUGUUCUGUUCAUAGGAUGCUUUGAAACUGGCUUAGAUCUGUUUUAGGGCUGGCGCUGGGGAGUGGUUGAAAAUAGACAUGAAAUGCUAUUGUUGGUUUUGUUUUACCGAUAUUUGGAGUUUUGAUUUCUCGUCGGAAAAUCUUGAAAACCGCAAUGUGUUUGUUUCCGAC